CACCUAACCAAAAGCCUUCCCUCAUUCCUCAUCACCUCGCUGCUUGCUUCGUUUUGCUCCUCGGGCUUCUAUUUCUUGUUUGUCUCUCUAGGGCUAGCUGUGCGUUUGUUGGCAUUGAUGGAACUGGGGCUGAGGCUGGGGGAGGCGCCGGCGGGUAGGCCCUUCUGGGCGGCGGAGCCGGCGAAGAGAGGGAGAGGGAGUCUGGGGCUCGUGCUCGGGAUGGGAUUGGGGGUUGGUCGCUGCUCGGUCGAGGAGGUGCAGGAAAAUGAGGACGCGAUGGAGGAGAAGGAGAUGGAAGGGGAAGUGGAAGUGGAAGAGGAGGAGGAAGAGGAGGAGGAGGAGAGCCGUUUCGCCGAGCCGGCACUGCAGCUUAACCUCCUUCCCCUCUUGCCUCUUUCGGGCCAGCCUUCGUCCUCCCAGCUGCGGUUCCCAUGGGCGUCCGAGACCGGGACUGUGGAAGCGUCGAUGCGAGGGUUCGACGUGAACCGGGCGCCGUCCGUCGAGGAAGCGGACGGAGGGGCGGCGGCGUCAUCGUCGCCCAACAGCACCGUCUCCUCCUUCCAGAUGGAGUUCUCCGCUGCGAGAUGCGAAGGCGGAGCGCCGGCGGCGGAAAGGGCUUCUUCGAGGGUGAGCGACGAGGAGGAGAACGGGCUAGGGAGGAAGAAGCUUCGACUUUCCAAGGAGCAGUCCGCCUUUCUCGAGGAGAGCUUCAAGGAGCACAACACCCUCAACCCUAAGCAGAAGCUUGCUCUGGCGAAGCAGCUCAACCUGCGGCCUCGCCAAGUAGAGGUCUGGUUUCAGAACAGAAGAGCCAGGACGAAGCUGAAGCAGACGGAAGUGGACUGCGAGUACCUGAAGCGCUGCUGCCAGACGCUGACGGAAGAGAACCGGCGGCUCCAGAAGGAGGUGGCAGAGCUGAGGGCUCUCAAGACCUCUCACCCUUUCUACAUGCAUCUCCCCGCCACCACCCUCUCCAUGUGCCCCUCCUGCGAACGCGUCGCGUCCACCACCACCGCCGCUGCCAACUCCGCCUCCGCCACCACCAACGGCAACUCCUCCGACCGGCCACAGAACUCCUUCGCCGCCCUCUUCUCAAAGCCCCGACCUUUCCCGCUGGGCGCCGCUGCCCAGCCUUCUUCCGCAGCCCCUCGCCAGCCCUCGCCGGUCUCCUAAGAAGUACUCAAGAAUUCCGGCCGCCAUCCCCGAGUGGCGACCUUGUAAAUAGCACCAUUUUGGAGGGCGUUUCCGCCACUUGGCUCUUUUUUCUUCUGCUCCUGUUGGCGUAUUUUUUUUGAGCUUGGAGGGAUUUUCAUGGCGUUUCUCAAUUGGAUUUUUAAAGGAAAAAAUGGCUCUCUUUUAAAUCUUAACCAA